AUGUCUGCAGUCAGCUCUCUCUGGGCUCCUCUGCUCCUCUUCAUCUCAGGGGUUGGAGCUAUGAUGGAACUGGAAUGUGGCUCUGCUCCUCUCAACACCAGGACCAGGACCAGGAUCGUGGGCGGAGAGGACGCGGUCGCAGGAUCAUGGCCCUGGCAGGUCUCUCUGACCGUGAUGGGGUUCGUUGGUCCUUUUCACUUCUGUGGAGGUUCUCUCAUCAACGACAGAUGGAUCCUGACAGCGGCUCAUUGCACGGAGAGUUUCAAAGCGUCAGACAUCACUGUGUACCUGGGACGCCACACGCAGGAGCAGACCAACCCCAACGAGGUGGUGCGCACCGUGAUGCAGAUCAUCAACCACGCAAAGUAUAACAACGACACGCUUCAGAACGACAUCAGCCUCCUGCAGCUCAACGACACUGUGUCCUUCAGCGACUACAUCCAACCGACGUGCCUCGCCGCGCACGGCAACGAGCCCGACAGCGGCACCAACGUGUGGGUCACGGGCUGGGGCAACAUCAACAAGGACGUGUCCCUGCCGUCCCCGGGCACUCUGCAGGAGGUCCAGGUCCCCAUCGUGUCCCAGACUCGCUGUGGCACCCUCUACAGACCCAACAUCAUCACUGGCGACAUGCUGUGUGCAGGCACCAGAACCAAAGGCUCCUGUCAGGGAGACUCUGGUGGUCCUCUCGUCCUGAAGAUGGGUGAGACCUGGGUUCAGUUUGGAGUGGUCAGUUUUGGUCUUGCCAGCGGCUGCACCGCUGCACCCACCGUCUUCACCCGUGUGUCCCGGUACAACACUUGGAUCAAGGACCGAGCGGGCAACAACACAGGGUUUGUGGAGGAGGUCCCGACCUCCCCCACAAACCCUGUGUUUGUGGCGGAGAACGGGACCUCCUCCAACGCCGAGAAUCUGGUCCAGACCCUGAGCAUCGUCCUGGUCCUGGGCUUGGCUCAGGUCCUCGCACCAUAG